AUGGCAGCACUUCCUCCUCCUCCUCGCAAGAACAAUUCUCCUUUGUUCGCAGAUGCCCCCUCCCAGUAUCUUGCCUUCGCUCAAGGAGAGCCAAUAACGGCCGCAGAGAUCGUUGCUUUCAGCCCAAACGGGCUUCGGUCCUUCGCCAUCACCUUUCGUUUCGCUUCCAAUGGCUACUCAAAUCAGAUAAUCGAGGAGAUGGUCGACUACUUCCGUACACCCAGCAGCAAAGGUAAGGCGGACAAGAACUCUAUCUGCAAGAUGAUGCAGAAGUCUGUGCGCGAUAAGAAACUGUUCACAUAUCCUGGCACAAAAGUGGUGAAGAAGCAGCGUGUCGCAGCAAUGCUCGAGUGGACCAACAACUAUCACCAAAAGGCCAACCUCAAGGACACUUACGGGCCGUUCAAUCAUACAAACCUGGAGUUGACUGGCGAGUCCCCAGAUCUUGGCAAGAAUGGUGUUCUGGUCCCGGACGUCCGCUUCGACUCGCUUGCAAUAGGAGUGCAGCGCUUCCCCUCCCAUCGCCUCGGCGACGGCUUGAAUCUGAGCAGCUGUGUUCAAUAUGCAGUAGCUCACCCGCAAGAGAACUGGAUGUACCCGAGCGACUUCACAGCGCUUGUCAACCACAUGGGACGUCGUACCAUCCAGCAAAAGCAUCUUGAUCAGGAAGUUUUCCGCCGUUGGAAGAGUGGACCACCGUCACCUGCUGCAGCACCCAUCAAGGCGCCCCUUCUAGCACACGGCUUUAGUGCCCCUGCCGCUCAGUCAACUGGACAGGUUGUGGGCGCAGUUCCUGUUACUCAAGCUGCAGCUCUUCCCGCAGCUCAGCCACCUCAGCCUGUGCCCAUCGCUCCACUAGCACCUGUCGUACAGACUCAUCAGCCCACUGCCACUGCACAAGAUCCUCAACUCGUCGGUGCUCACGCUCCUAAUCCCUCUGGGGCUCGACCUGUUCCCAGCCACUUCGUAGCGCCUUUCCCUCAUCCAGCAGCUCGGGGUGGGCUUCAUCGCGCCAUGAAAUCCAAUCACAGCACUCGAUCUGUUGCUUUGAGGCCCGCAUCGAGUGGUGUCAGCAAGUCCAGGAAGUCGCAGCGCAAGAAGAUGCUCUGGAGUAAUGCCCAUGAAGUGCAGUUUCUUCUAAUGCAGAACACAAUCGAUGUCCGGGCACAAAUAGGAUCCCAUGACCAAUCAUCUCAAGUAUUGGAUCCCGUAUUCAAAGCCAUCAGCAACCCGAGACACUCGCAGCAUCCCGUCUUGGUUCAUGGGAACGAUCAGCAAAUCUCGUACAAAUCACCGUACCCGCAAUUUGCUCAUCCAGAGCCUCCUUCCAAACAGCUCUUUGUCCCUGUCCUAUCUCAUGGGAAUGAUCAACAGGCCUCGUACACAUCGCAGUACCGGCAGUUUUCUCAUCCAGAGCCUUCUUCCAAUCAGCACUAUCAUCUUGGAGUACCUCAGAACAAUCAGCUCUCUGUCUUUGAAGACACAAUCAUGGACGGCAUGGAUCUUGAUCCAUGGGACCCCGAACUUCUUUGUGCAGCCAAAACGCCAACAGCGGAAGAAAUAAACCGGUUCUUUGAUAGCGUCGAGAACGUCGAAAAUGCAGCGACCAUGGCUCCUCUUGUGCCCAGCGAUACUUCGCCGCAUCAUACCACAGAUAGUACAACCGCAUUCAGUAUGUUUCCGGACCUACCCCCCAUCAUAUCUGAGGAUCCAGUCGGGAGCAUCUACGAUCCCGAGGGCCAGCCGCAGGAGUCCCUCGGUACUGUAUCCCCACAGAAUCUGCCAUACCCCGAAAUUGAUGACAACGGCCUUGUUCCGCCCAACGGAUUCGGACCGUAUUACCGUUUGGCAGAUCAUCAGCGACACGAUUCUUGGUAUUGA